AUGGCUGAACUCGUAUCAGUUAUUGUGGAAAGACUAGGUUCCGGAGCAUACAAAGAAAUCUUGUUUGCAAAGGAUCUGGAUUCCCACAUCAAAAGGCUCCAGGAACUUAAGACUACCAUUGAAGCUACAUUUAUUGAUGCUGCUUCCUUGGAGUCUUGGAGACACUUACAUGCUAGGGGAUUUAACAGAACGUAUAAGAUGGCAGAUUCAGACACGCGUGAAUUUGAUGAACAAGUUCAUCAUCUGUCUUUUGGUGGUACAAUAUCAGAAUCUUGGGAAGUCCCUUCCUCGCUAUUCAGAAUUGAGCAUCUACAAUCAUUCCUUUUGGCAGUGUCUAGGCACUGUAAAUUGACACUAAAGAAUUUGUCAAUCAAUGAUAGAUCAAUUUUGAGACUUAAAUCUUUGAGGGUAUUGGACCUGCAUAGGCUGGGGUUAAAGAUUGUGCCAAGAUCUCUUGGUGAGCUGCAGUGCUUGCGUUAUCUCAACUUGUCAUACAAUCCUAUGGUUAAACUCCCCAAUUCAAUCACAAGGCUUGUGAAUUUGUUGUCACUUGAUUUGUUUGGCUGCUACAAACUUGAAGAGUUGCCCAAAAACAUGAGUAGGUUGGUUAAGUUGAGACAUCUCAAAGUCGGAUAUUGUAAUGCAUUGAGUCAUAUACCCAAGGGGUUGGGGAACUUGACAGAUCUUCGAAGACUAGACAUGUUCAUACAAGGGGAGCAGAAUUCAGAAAACGGAUCAAAGGCCAACAGUGUCGGCGAGUUAGCAGAGCUACAUCGCCUGAAUAAUCUAAUGGGAAAGUUAACAAUACGUGUCAUUGGGAGGUCAAUGGAUACAGUUUCGGAAGCUAAGACAGCAAACUUGAAGAGUAAAGAUAAGCUUUUAGGCUUGGAUUUAGAGUUCAUUGGUGGUAGCCUAAAACAUGACGAAAUAGUUAUAGAAGGCCUCCAACCCAAUUCUAAUUUAAAAGAACUGUUGAUAUAUGGUUAUGCAGGAGAGAGGUUACCAAGCUGGAUGAUGGAUCGCCUUCACUUUUGGCUUCCGAAUCUUGUUAGCAUUUGGAUACUCCAGUGCGAAGGCUGCAGAUACCUUUGCUCCUUUGGGAGGCUUCCUCAUCUUAAAUAUCUGAAUCUUUUAGAUUUAGACAAUGUUGAGUAUAUUGAGAAAACUUGUGCUGGGAGCAAUGAAAGUAAUAACGACAUUGUGUAUAAGCACCAUGCUCCCUUAUUUCCAUCACUCGAGUAUCUCUGGCUUCGGAACAUGCCUAAAUUAAAGGGAUGGAAGAGAAUUAUUUCAAAUAGUGAAGCAGAUUCAAGACAACCCAUCCAGAAUAAUCUCUUUGAGCGAAAACUGGCAUUCCCCAGAUUGAAGCAUAUGCAGGUCGACAAAAUGGAGUGGAUAUUAUUAAUCACAGGGGAGUUUAGAGGUUUUUCCUUGGAACAGCUAACAGUAAGCAGAUGUGAAGACCUCAAUGCCAUACCAGAGUGGACAACCAACCUUUCUAGCUUGAAGACGCUUACACUUGAAAAUUGCUCUAAGAAGCUAGAGGAGAGGUGCUUGAAGCCAACAGGCGAAGACUGGCCCAAAAUCCAGCAUAUCCCUAGUAUACGCAUCUUCGGGACUGGGUCAUGUUUUCCGCUUGAGUACUAA